CGAAACUAACAUUGAUUUCUCUCUUUUAGCGUCGAGCAGCAUGGCCUCGCAAGCGGAUAAAAUCACGCCUUCCCUAGUUUACGAUUAUUUACUGAGCUCGACGGACAAGACGAUCGCUCAAAUUUACAAGGAUAAGACCUCAGCGAAACCACUGACGCAUAGCUCACCAAAGCUGUUGGAUGUAAUCAACUUCUUUCUCUCAUCAUCUCCGCUGAAGAAGAAUCUUCUUGCUACUUUGGAAAAAUCAGAUGAUGAUGAUUCUUCUGAAGAGAGUGAACCUGAGCCGAAGAAGAAACCAAUCACGAACGGACACCUAGCUAAAAAACCCGUGACUCAGAAAGACAGUUCUAGCGAAGAAGAUUCUAGUGAGGAUGAGGCGCCGAAGAAGGCAAAUCUUGCAAAAUCAAUUGCAGCUGCUGCGCCAAAAGCGCCAGCUAAAGCAACACCAGCUAAAGCUACCACCCCUGCUUCCAAGAAACCAGCUGAGAGCUCAGACAGCGAUGAUUCCUCAGAAGAGGAGGAAACUGUGAAAAAGGCUCCCGCAAAGGCACCUGCCAAGCCUGCCGCGGUGCCAGCUACAAAGAAAAAAGAAAGCUCCAGCGAUGAGGAUUCUUCGGACGAGGAGGUAGUGAAUAUUCCUGCUAAACCUACACCCAAAGUAGCAACACCUGCUGCUAAAAAUGCGCCUGCUGCCGCUAAAAAGGAGAGUUCAAGCGAAGAAGAUUCUUCUGACGAAGAUGAUGCUCCUAAGAAGCAACUGGUGAAGCCAGCAGCGAAGGCGCAAACGCCUUCUGCCAAGAAGGCACCAACUCCUGCAGCCAAAAAGGAGAGUUCAAGCGAGGAAGAUUCCUCUGAAGAAGAGGAAGUUACUAAAAAGACCCCUGCAAAACCAGCUGUGAAAGCGGCCACUCCUGCUGCAAAGAAAGCGCCUACUCCAGCUGCGAAGAAGGAAAGCUCCAGCGAAGAUGAUUCCUCCGAAGAAGAGGAAGUUGCUAAUAAGACUCCUGCAAAACCAGCUGUAAAAGUGGCCACUCCUGCUGCCAAGAAAGCGGCUACUCCUGCUGCAAAGAAAGCGCCCACUCCAGCUGCGAAGAAGGAAAGCUCCAGCGAAGAGGAUUCCUCCGAAGAAGAGGAAGUUGCUAAUAAGACUCCUGCAAAACCAGCUGUAAAAGUGGCCACUCCUGCUGCAAAGAAAGCGCCCACUCCAGCUGCGAAGAAGGAAAGCUCCAGCGAAGAUGAUUCCUCUGAAGAAGAGGAAGUUGCUAAUAAGACUCCUGCAAAACCAGCUGUGAAAGCGACCACUCCUGCAGCCAAGAAAGCGCCAACACCAGCAGCCAAAAAAGAAAGUUCCAGUGAAGAAGAUUCCUCUGAAGAAGAGGAAGCUGCUAAAAAGACCCCUGCAAAACCAGCUGUAAAAGCAGCCACUCCUGCAGCCAAGAAAGCGCCGACUCCAGCUGUGAAGAAAGCGCCAACUCCAGCUGCGAAGAAGGAGAGUUCCAGCGAAGAUGAUUCCUCCGAAGAUGAGGAAGCUGCUAAAAAGACCCCUGCAAAACCAGCUGUAAAAGCAGCCACUCCUGCUACCAAGAAAGCGCCGACUCCAGCUGUGAAGAAAGCGGCAACUCCAGCUGCGAAGAAGGAGAUUUCUAGUGAAGAGGACUCUUCUGACGAAGAGGGGAUGACAAUUGUAGUCAAAAAACCCGCUCCAUCUGUCAAGGCAGCGCCUGCUGUAGCUGCAAAGAAAACUCCUGCUAAGGAGAGCUCCAGUGAAGAGUCUUCAGAGGAAGAUGAGCCACCAGCAAAGAAGCCUGCAGUGCCGCAGAAGGCAGCGCCAGUAGCAAAGGCGACGCCAGUAAAGAAGGAUAGUUCGAGCGAGGAAGAUUCCUCAGAUGAAGAAGAGCCAAAGAAACCUGUUGCUGCUCAGCCAGCCAAAAAAGCGGCUGUUCAAAAGAAACAGGAGAGCUCCAGCGAGGAAGAAUCGUCAGAAGAGGAAGCAGCCCAACCGAAGCCAGCAGCAAAACCAGCUGCUGCGAGCAAGCCAAUCGCUAAAAUAGCGUUUGUGCCAGCAUCUAAAGAAGAGUCAUCGUCUGAAGAGGAAUCCUCAGAAGAUGAAGCUGCCAAAAAGAAAGUUGCGGCACAGAAAUCCCCAGCUCCAGCCAUGAAAGAAGAGAGCUCAAGUGAAGAGGAAUCUUCAGAUGAGGAAGAACCAAAAGUAAAUGGAAAGAGUGACACUAAUGAGGAAGAAAAGCCAAAAGCAAAAGGAUUAAAGAGAAAACUUGAUUCAGCAGAUGCACCUCCAGAGAAAAAGAUUGCUGUAGAUUCUCCUGUAACAGGCAAACCUAAAGCUGCAGCAGCAGGGAAGAAGGGUGCUGCUGUUCCUUUCAAGAGAGUCAGAGAGGAAGAGGUCGAAAUUGAUCCUAGACUGGCCAACAACUCUUUUGAGGCAAAGAGCGGUGGUGACGAAGAGCUCGCUCCCGGAUUCCCUUUAGUAGAAGGCUCAGGCUAUGGGGCGGGGAAGGGUUACAAAUUCGGGAAAGAUGUUCAAAUUCUGGCUGGGAAGCGAGGAUAUCUUGGGGUUUACAGUGAGGAACAGAAGAAGGGAAGCGGUGGCUUCCGGGGGUCCAGGGGUGGCGGCCGCGGCCAGUGGGGUGGUCGUGGUCAGAGCAGAGACUUUGGGCAGAGAGGUGGAAGGGGAGGCGGCCCUGGCCAAUGGGGCGGGAGAGGACACAGCCCUGGUAAUCGGGGUGGUUGGGGGAGCGGCAGAGGGGGUAGUGGAGUAGGACACCAACAGACGCCCGGCCCUGCCGUAAAUAAAAAAAUAAAAUUUGACUGAUUGCGCGA